AGCCGCACUGACGCGAAACGCAGCACCAGAGGCGUGAUCCCUUAGCCGUGGGGGGUGGAUACGACACAGCCAUGACCCGCUCCCGGCGACAAGUCGAAGCUGCCCGAAAGAAGAGGGUCCAGGGAAAACGCGCAAAGGCAGCGGUUAAGAAGGACCCGGGGGUGCCACAGCUGGGCCGCUUCGCCGCCCACGUCCAGCAGCAGAAUGAAAACAGGCAGAAAAGGGCGGCAGAGGCCCAGCAGCGUCGGGAGGAGGCCCGGGAGACGGAGGUGGGACGGCGGCGGAGCCUGGCCGGGUUGCAGCAUGAUGCCCUGCGAAGGCAGCGGGAGUUCGAGCGCAAGGAGGUGGUGACGACCCAGCCUGACACGCAAGAAGAGGCCUCGCUGCGGCAGUACGGGAGGGAGUUGCGCAAGGUGUUGGCAGCAUCUGAUGUGGUCCUGGAGGUGCUGGAUGCCCGUGACCCCCAGGGCUGCCGCAGCCCGCAGCUGGAGGCCGCCGUCCGGCAGGCCGGGCACCGCCAGCGCCUGGUGCUCGUCCUCAACAAAAUCGAUCUGGUGCCGCGGGACGUGGUGGCGGCGUGGCUGAAGUACCUGCGAGCUGAGUUCCCCACCGUGGCUUUCAAGGCGUGCACGCAGCAGCAGAGCCGCAACCUGAAGCAGAGCCGGCUGCCGGCAGCGACGGCCCCGGAGGAGGUCCUGGCUGGGGGGGCCUGCGUGGGUGCCGACUGUUUACUCCGCAUCCUGGCCAACUACAGCCGCUCCGGCGAGGUGAAAACGACCAUCACCGUGGGUGUCGUGGGGUACCCCAACGUGGGCAAGAGCAGCCUCAUCAACAGCCUGAAGCGGAGCCGGGCCUGUGGGGUGGGGGCUGCACCGGGUGUCACCAGGUGCUUGCAGGCAGUGCAGCUGGACCGUCACAUCCAACUGUUGGACUGUCCCGGAGUCAUCAUGGCGACGGGGGCCCCCCCCGCCGCUGCCCCCCUGAGGGGAGCCCUUGCCCCCCAACGCCUACGGGACCCCCUGAGCCCCGCCGCCGCCAUCCUGCGCCGCUGCCCCCCCCAACAGCUGAGCGAGCUUUACGGGGUCCCCCCCUGCGCCGACCCCCGGCAAUUCCUGUCCCACCUGGCCCGGCGACAGGGCCGGCUCCGUCCCGGGGGGCUGCCAGACCCCCACGCCGCUGCCGUGGCCCUGCUGCGUGACUGGACCAGCGGGAAGAUCUCCUACUACACCCACCCCCCUGAAACACAGGGGGUGCAGCUGGAGGCCCAAAUCCUGACGACUCUGGGACCAGCGCUUGACCUGGAGGCACUGGAGAGGGGUGAUGCCGAGGCGCUGGCAGCUGUACCAGUGACGGUGACAGGCAUUGGGCUGUCCCCGUGUGUCCCUGAGGUGGAGGAAGAGGAGGAGAAAUCCGGCGGGGAGGAAGAAGUAGCCAUGGAAGAUGAUGAUGGCGACCUGGAGCUCGGCACGGUGACGGUGGAGCUGAAGCCCCGGGUGAAGAUGGCAGGCAGCGGGGAAGGGUCCGCACCCCGUGCCCCCCGUUUGGAGGAGGUGGCUGCCCUCCACCCCCUGUUACAGGGCCAGGGGCUGCGGGCUGCCAGCAAACGGAGGAAAAAGCUACAAAAAAGAGCGGAGAAAAUCGCCACAAAGCUUUCGGAGACACUGGCGGCGGCCAUGCAGUUCUGAAGGCAAGGUGUUUGCAGCAAAGAUUUAUUAUUUUUUUAAAGCAAGAAAUGAUUAAAAAAGCACCCUUUUUUAAAUAAAAGCACGGGCAGUA